AUGGAGAGUUGGGAUAUUAGCAAUGCGGUAUCUCCUCAUUUAAGUGAUUUGUUAGAUGACGAAGAUCAAGAACCAGAAGAGAUUCGAAGAGAGCAAGAUGCGAAGGAGUGGAUGGCUUUAUGUCAUAUAACAGAGAUAUUACGAGGAAAUAAGACUCGUUGUUAUGAAAAUUUCCGACUGAAGAAGGCGGUGUUCAUUGAUCUAUCCAAUGACCUAACUGAUAAAUAUGGGCUUAAACCCACUCGUGGAAUGUCUAUACAUGAAAUGUUAGGCAUGUUCUUGAUGACUUGUGCAUAUGGAGUUGGAAAUCGAAUGAUACAAGAUAUCUUUCAACAUUCUGGAGAGACAAUUCAUAGACACUUUCAUAGUGUUUUAAAGGCCGUUUGUAAGCUUGCAAGAGUUAUCAUUCAACCACAUCCAAAUUAUAAUGAUGGUUGCGAUUCUCACAAGCCAUGUAAACAAAGAUAUCUCCCUUUCUUUAAAGACUGUAUUGGAGCAAUUGACGGCACACAUGUUAAAGCUAGAUUACCGCAAGGUCAAGAGAUACCAUAUAUUGGACGUAAAGGUUAUCCGACUCAGAAUAUUUUCGCCGUUGUUGAUUUUAAUAUGUGUUUUACCUUUGCAUGGGCUGGGUGGGAAGGAGCAGCUCACGAUAGUCGUAUAUUUGCUGAGACCCUUCGUAGAGAAGAGCUCAACUUUCACAUCCACGCAGAAACAAAUAUUAUCUAG